AUGCCCAUUUCAAUGACAUCUGAUCCAGAGAAAGCGCCCUCCAGGUUCCACCUACGGGAGUUCAAGACUCUGAAAACACUUGGUGAAGGGCGAUAUGCCAAAGUGGUGUUGGCUGUUACCUCCCUUGAUCAUCAUUGGGGUGUUCAGCCAACAGAGCUGGACAACGAGCAAAGGUUCUUGUAUGCUAUCAAGAUCAUCAAUACCAAAUUUGACAAGCCCGCAUUGAACUUCAAAAAUGCAAACAGUCUUGCAAAAAUCAAAAACGAGGUGCGAAUUAUGAGCAUUCUCAGUAAGAGCAACCACAAGAAUGUGCUGAAGCUAUAUUCCAUUGUGAAUAAUGACACAGACAAACAGAAGGACGGUAGCAAGGGCAAGCUGACCACGGACGAUAUCACCAGCCAAAAACACUAUAGAAUAUAUCUCAUCAUGGACUAUUGCUCAAUAGGAGAGCUUACGUUGCAGAAUUUUCAGGAUUCAAGGCCUUCUUUGCGAGGUGUUGCACAGAAACUACGGGAUAUCGUGCUUGGUCUAGAGUUUCUACAUACCCAAGGUAUAGUACAUCGUGACAUCAAACCGAGUAACCUGCUGGUUGAUCCCAAUGGAACGGUAAAACUGUCCGAUUUUGGUAUUUCGUACAAACUCACUGGUGAUGAGAAGUCGGAUAACUUUGAGCUCGGGACUCCAUGUGGAACACCUCUUUUCCUAUCCCCGGAGCUUUGUGGAUAUGGUGCUCAUGAUCGUCAGAAUAGGCAAGGAACAGCCCUGCAAGGCAAGAAGAUUGAUGUUUGGGCUCUGGGGGUGACUUUAUUCUAUCUUUUUUUCGGAAUAUUUCCUUUUUUCGACGAGAACAAGUUCAAGCUGUUCCAGGACAUCUCGAAGGCAUCGUUAGAAUUUCCUUCCUUCGAAAACGGGCAUUUAUUCAGGAACUUCAUUGCUGGUGGAGCUAACGAGCGGGAAAUGCAGAGCCUGUACUCCCAGGUUAAAAACUUGUUAAGCUGCAUGUUGGUCAAGGAUCUGUCGAAGAGAUACAGUAUCUCACAAGUGAAGAAACACAAACUGUUCUUGACCGAAAUAUCGAAGGGUGAAUACGAGAAAGAAUACCUCCAGUACAAUGAUACCAUUUUGGAACAACAGGAUUCUGGUUUUUCGGGAAUGAAGAGGUCUGGAAAUGCCUUCAAAGACACAUUUUCCAAGCUGUUUGUGUCCAGAAAGACGGGUAAAGAGAAAUCACAAAUGGAUCCUUUAGUGAUCUCGAGUCCCGUCUCCGGUUCUUUCAAGCACGUAAUCUCUCAAAACUCGAUUUCAUCUGAUUUAGCGACAACCACAAGCACCUUCGAUUUGACAUCAUCUUCAAUGGCAGACGAUGAUUAUUCAGAAGCUCAGGAAAUGUUCAAAAUUCCUGACUCUGGGUUUUUCCAACAACCAUUGCCCAAGUUGCUCUCCAGGGGUAACCAUUCUUCAACGUCUCUUCCAAUUGCUCAGGGAAGGCCCAGCUUCUCCACUAUUGAAGACGCUACUGUAUAUUCAAAACCUUGGAGAGUCUUCGACGCAGAAGGUGGUUCUACCCAAAAUAAGUCUGCGCAGGCCAUGCAAAGAAAUAACUCCACUCACAAAAGAGAGUCUGUCAACACGUUGCCAUCACAAUUCAGCGAUAUCACACCCAACCUGUCUUCAGCACCAGGUCAAUUCGAGUCGCCCGAAAGCAUACAAUCAUCCUCCUCCUCUGUUAGGCAGGGCCUGGUGAGAUCCCGUCCCAACAGAAAUCUCUCUGAUCUGGCACUUGUAAAACCUUUCAAUGCCAGUGAAUUGAUCCAAAACGAAGAUUCGCAAGCUCAAGACUAUAAUUUCAUGUCAAUGGGCGCCUACCUUGAUAAUUUAGCAUAA